ACGUUGAUGUGAUUAAGAGGUAUUUGCUGCCCUAGCCACACUUAACUGAUUGUAAACGCCUUACCAACGUCCCAGAUCCAGGGUCCUUCGUAUUGUACCAACACUAGGGUGACAAGGCGAGGAACAGGAGCGUGGUUCUAAUUGUGAAGCUGCACUAUACCGAACGAGGAGCUUGGUGCAGCCAGUUUAUUGGGGGAUGGGAUAAGUGUGGACUCAGAGACUCUGAUUAUAUUGCAUGGAUGGUUAAGGAGAAAAGAGAGCUGCUGCACAAAAACACGACUCUGCUUCUUUUUGGAUAAUAUCUUUCCCAGACCUUGCAUCCAGGCUUCCUCUUUCCCUAACUAAAGGAAGCUACGUAGACUCUCAUCUGCUUAAAGAGUUGACAUGAACGAAGCAAGCAGCUCUCCUAUUCCUUCCGCCUCCAACACUGACAGCACAGACAAUCCUAUUUCUCCAGGGCUCAAAGCAGUGUGUCUACCUGUGAAUGGCAACUACGCUGGGGCUCGCAGGAAAGAACCUAGUCCAGGAAAAAGUGCUGAGCUGCCCAAAGCUACUGAUGAGGGCCAGGGCUUCGGGAGUGAGCAAAACAGCAAUGGGACUGAGCAUAUGGGAACAAUAGCAGAGCCAGCAGCAUUAAGGAAUGAAGUGCAGAGUGUGGGGACAAUGCAGGAGCAGCCAGAUAAACAAUGCAGUGCAUCCUUUGGAAACAACAGCUUCAGAAACACACUGAAUGGCCUGCUAACAGAGUUGAGGCAGCAAGGCAGCAUGGAGGGUGAGAGAAGGCUAGCGUCUUCUCAUACCAACGGAAUCAAUGGCGAGUUGAAAGAGGAUAAAAGCAUGACUGCUAACGUAUCGAUGGGCGACGAACACUCUCCACAUUCGCUAAAGGAAAGGGCUGCAGGUGCAAGCGAGCUGUUAACAGAAGUUGAAUCCACAAGAAACGCAAUGGGAGAGAUGGUACCCAUUGAAGUGAACCCCGAGAAAGAGAUGGUUCAGUUACGUGACAACCACGAUGGCUUCAGCUCCACGUUCGAGAGGAUUGUGGAGUCUCAUCUGAUGAAAGAUACCUACUACAGCAGCAUGGACUCUCUGGACGUGCUGUCCCUGACUGAUGAGACAGACAGCUGUGUCAGCUUCGAGGCGCCCCUCACCCCGCUCAUCCAGCAGAGGAUCAAGGAGGGGCCAGAGCUCCUGGAGCACCAGCAUGGGGUCCUGGUGCAGCAGCAUGGCAUCCUGGAGCAGCAACAUGAGGUCCUGGGGCAGGAGCAGGAGCCGGGUGCCAGUCACUGUGCCGAUGGGAGCUAUGGGAGCCCACUGCGCCACUCCACCAUCACCAGCAGCAGGUCUGAGAAUGUUCUGAGCAGGUCCUCUCUCAAGACCAUCCCCAAUGGGUUUCACAUCGAUACCGACGAGAUUGUAAACUCCAGCAGCGACACAAACUUGAAUGAUGUCUUAUCGGACUCUGACUCAGAGAUGGGCAGUGUGGAGCAGCUGGAGCAGGGCAGCGUGGAGCAGCUGGAGCAGGGCAGCAUGGACACACUGGCGAAUGGCUGCAAGGCUGACACCGACGCUGCCCGCAGACUUGCCAAGCGCCUCUAUCACCUGCAGGGAUUCAAGCGCUGUGAUGUAGCGCGCCACCUUGGCAAGAAUAAUGAGUUUAGCAAGCUGGUGGCUGAAGAAUACGUGGGUUUCUUUGACUUUACGGGCCUGAGUCUGGACAGAGCACUCAGAACGUUUCUGAAAGCCUUUCCUUUAAUGGGCGAGACUCAAGAAAGAGAGCGCGUUCUCAUCCACUUCUCUCAGAGAUACUGCCAGUGCAAUGCGGAGGGUGUGACCUCAGAAGACGGAGUCCACACACUGACAUGUGCUCUCAUGCUGCUCAACACAGAUCUUCACGGACAUAAUAUUGGGAAGAAAAUGUCCUGCCAGCAGUUUAUAACCAACCUGGAUAGUCUGAAUGAGGGAAACAAUUUUCCAAAGGAUUUGUUAAAGAUUCUCUACAAUUCAAUAAAGAAUGAAAAGCUAGAAUGGGCAAUGGAUGAGGAGGAGCUGGGGAAGUCCAUGUCUGAGCUGGUCAAUGACAGAUCCGACAGCGGAGUGAAGAAGGUGACAAGGAUCGUGUACAGCAGCAACCCCUUCCUCCACAUUCCACUGGCGUCUAACGCAGCUACCUACAAGCAUGGGGUCCUGACACGCAAGAGUCAUGCAGACAUGGACGGCAAACGAACUCCCCGAGGUAGAAGAGGUUGGAAGAAAUUCUACGCUGUUUUGAAAGGGACGAUAUUGUAUCUGCAAAAGGAUGAAUACAAGCCUGACAAAGACCUUUCGGAAGUAGAUCUGAAAAAUGCCAUUCGCAUACACCAUGCCUUAGCUACAAAAGCCACAGAUUACAGCAAGCGGCCAAAUGUGCUGAAACUCAAGACAGCAGACUGGAGAGUGUUUCUCUUUCAAGCACCGAGUGAGGAAGAGAUGCUGUCCUGGAUACUGCGGAUCAAUCUGGUCGCUGCACUCUUCUCAGCCCCGGCUUUUCCAGCUGCCAUUGGCUCCAAGAAAAAAUUCUGUAGACCGCUCCUACCUUCAUCCACAACAAAACUUUCUCAGGAGGAACAGCUGAGAUCCCACGAAAACAAAUUGAAGCAGGUUGUUGAAGAAGUGGAGGAGCACAGCCUGCACCCUCCAGAUAAAAACCUCAAAUCUAAAGAAACCGAGGAAUAUCGGAUCCGAGAACACUAUCUGACAUUUGAGAAAAGCCGAUACAACACAUAUAUUAACCUCUUGAAGGCUAAAGUGAAGGUACAAACUGAUGAUCUGGACAAAAUUGAGGCAAGUCUUUUCAGCAGCGAGAAUGAUGAAAGUUACUUAAGGAAGACACAGUCAAGUCCUUCACUAAACCAAGGACACCUUUCUGUAAACGGGAAAGCUGAAAAGGAGAUUGUGGAGCAGAAGUGUUAGGAAGAAAACAGACCAUGCUGACAUCAAACCUGCUUCAGUUCACAACGAGCACAAUGAACUAUGACACUAGACCCCAGCUGGGUGACUGUUUAACAGUGACCAAGCUGCAAACAGUAUGUAUCUUCUCUUUGUAUUAUGUGGGAAAACUGCUCUUUUUUAGUGCGUAUAUAAAUAACUUUCCAUUCAUUCCAGUUUAUAUUAUAAAAGCACAUUGACUGUUACUUUGUGUGCUCAAGGACACAUGCACAUUUCCAGUGAGGCUGCUCCUUGCUGUUGCAGCUAAUUCCAUUCAUGCUUGAUUUAUGGUAAUUACUUCCAGUGCACAGCUUCUGGCUGCAUGGAGACAUGAUUCCUUUUUUGUUUCUCUUUAUUUCUUUUCUGAAAAUAUUGUGUUGCUUCCAGCACAUCAGCUAACAGCAGGACUGCAGGGUCACAGCUGCUGAGGUUUUAACAAUAACAGAAACCAGUUGAAACAGAAAAGCACCACUAACUGCAAAAAGAAUGAUGUCAGCAAACUAAGGUUUACAAUUUACUGAUUUGAGAGUUGUGUGUGUGCUACCCCUCAUUUGGUAUUAACGUUGAUCAGAUCCUAUACAUUUUCUCACGUAUGUGUCAUUCACUGUAUUUGAUUUCCAAUUCUUUUUUUUUUCAACACACCCUCUAAAUAUGUUUUUAAAAGUCAGAGCUCAGCAUGAUUCAUUGCAAUAUUAUAAGAUGAUGAUGCUUGGUUCCCCACCGGACCUUUGUGAGAAAAAAGAUAAGAGAGUGAGACGAAUGUGUUUAUUAUACCUGUGCAAGAAUCUUUGCUGACAAUUGAGAUGGGCUAGCUAAGGUAAUUGCUGCUGCAUAAAAGAUGGAUUGUGUUUGUCAUCACAGGGAAGUUCACACGUGCAUUCAGAUUGGGAGGAGAGUGCUGACAGGGAAGCUCACACAAGCUCACAUUCAGAUAACCCUAUCCCCUAACCUUAACCCACACAUACUCCUACUCGUAUUGGCCUUUAAGAGGCUGACAGUUUACAGUAAAAAUGUCAGCACCUGGAGUGAGAGGAAAAUUUCCUUCCAAACAGCUUUUAAAACACUCAAUGUGGAAGUUAAUUGCCAUCCGUUGGUACUCGUUGUAAAGGUGAGGGAAGGACAGCUUAUCUUGUUUUGAAAUUAACACAUGAAUAAAUGGAUUUAUUCAAUACCUGCCAAUAAAUACUGCGUAAAGACAAUUAUACUUACAAAUUAGGCUAAGUUUCUUACCUUUCAGCUUUUAUUUAUGAUGCAAAAAGCCCUUGUGCCGGCCUGACUAGAAGUAUCUUGCUGUAAACCUCAAGCUCAAGCUAAAAUAAGUUUCAAAGAUGUAUGAAAAACAGAAAUCAAACAAUAAUUGGAUGACAUGAAUCAUACGUAAGUGAAAUGAUUAUUUAAUUCUAUAUACCCAAUUCAUUCUAUCUUUAAUAGUACCAUCCUAAAAAUCAUAAACCAACUGGAACAACCUAUUUCCACUGCAUUAAUAUUGUAUUUCAUUAAGAGUGACACUAGUUGAUUUAAUAUAGAGUUAAAUGACUGAUUUAGAUUUAGAAAUUAAUGCCAUCUACAAUGUCAGGAAUCUAACAAGUGAUUGUUGGUGCUUAACCCAACCUGGGUUACAAUGCAGAGUCUGUCUUCACAAUUAUAACGAGAUCUUGCAGGGAAUUGUGAUGCUCACACAGUACCUGGGGUAUGAUUGACUGAGAAAGCCUCCUAGGUGGUUGACUGCUUGGACUAUUUAUCUUUUAACCCAUCUUUCCCAGCUACUAAAAAGCCAGAGCCCAUAGCCUUGAGUUUAGCA